UAACUAUUCUCCUAUAAAGGCCAUCUAUGAUCUAUCUUCAGUACCUAAGCCCAACUGACUGAGAAUCGGAGACUCGAACACGAAGAUGGCGAGAUCGAGGUUGCUUGCUCUAGUUCUGCUAUCGACUCUUGUUCUAUGUGGAACCCUAACUGUUACUCAGGCGAAGAAGUCUAAGGAAGAUUUGAAAGAGAUAACCCAUAAAGUUUACUUUGAUGUUGAGAUUGCUGGAAAACCUGCAGGCAGAAUCGUCAUGGGUCUCUUUGGGAAGGCUGUUCCUAAAACUGCAGAAAAUUUCCGAGCUUUGUGCACAGGGGAAAAAGGUGUUGGGAAGAGUGGAAAACCCCUUCACUACAAAGGAAGUGUAUUCCACAGGAUUAUUCCCAGCUUCAUGCUCCAAGGAGGUGAUUUUACACUAGGUGACGGAAGAGGAGGAGAAUCAAUUUAUGGUGAGAAGUUCGCUGAUGAGAAUUUCAAGUUGAAGCAUACGGGACCCGGGCUUUUGUCUAUGGCAAAUGCUGGUCCUGACACAAACGGUUCACAAUUCUUCAUCACAACUGUGACAACUAACUGGUUGGAUGGAAGACAUGUUGUAUUUGGAAAGGUGAUUUCUGGAAUGGACGCUGUUUAUAAAAUUGAAGCUGAAGGACGACAGAAUGGCACACCUAAGAGCAAGGUUGUGAUCGCUGACAGUGGCGAAAUCCCUCUUUAAAUUUUCCAUUUCUAUAGAAUGUAGCAACACUUUGAACUUCCCUUUUGUCUUUCUCUACGAGACUAUGACUCUACGGUAGCUAAUGUACCGAAAUCUUUUAAUUUUAAGUGGCUCUUUAUAAAAUGCUAUGUAGGAAACUAUAUUCUACCGAGUAGAACCUCGCAUUUCAUUUUUUUUUAACGAAGGAAUAUCUGUGUAUUGUUUUGUAAUUGCAAUAAUUACGCCUACAUGGAUAGUUACUAGUCAUUUCAAAUAA